AUGGCUUCUCAGGUCGCCCACAUCCAAUACGCACCGCCAAGUCCGUUUACUCAGGAGGCCGAUGCUGGCUUCCGGAAAGUCCCCCUGGCCGCACCCCCCUUCCCGCUCCGACCCCGCCACCGCCUGCCCCGGGUUCGAGGCCCAAGGGCCAAAUUGACUGCCGAAGAAGAGGAGGAGAGAAAGAGCUUGCGAAAGCAGCUCCCGAGUCUCCGGCGUGCCGGAGCAGCAGGCGCGCUCUUAGGCGUGGGGGCAGGGGUUACAGCGACGGUCUUCGGGAAACAAGCAGUAAAUAUGACCAUCAUGUAUCUAAUGUUCGUUCUUGCCUCCAGCUCCACGGAUAUUCUGAUGAUGGUCGGGAAAGAGAAACGGUUGCUAGAGCUCGAAAACAAGAAGCGCAAGUGA